AUGCGAGGAGGUUCGAAGGAUGAGGCCCCCCGAUCAACGCCCGCAGGGGGCACCGAAAGGCCCCCGGGGGGACCGGGGCGUAUAAAAGCGCCCGACGAAGCCACCGGAGAAGACAGACACAUUUGGUCUCUUGAGUCAACCGUAGCCGCAACAAUCAUGCUGAAGCUCGCCAUCUUCCUCGGCCUCGUCGCCACCUGCUUCGGUGGAUACGUCGGCGGCGGCCUCGGCUAUGGUCUAGGCCACUACGGCCUCGGCUAUGGUGUCGGCCACUACGGUCUCGGCUACGGCCUCGGACACUAUGGCCUCGGCUACGGUGCCGGUUACCACGGUCUCGGCCACUACGGUCUCGGUUACGGCGGUUACGGCGGUUACGGCUACACCGGCCUCGGCCACGUCUUCGGUGGUGCCGUCGCCGCCGCUCCGGCAGCCGUCGUCCACCACGCUCCUGCCGUGGCCGUCGCCCGGCCGGUCGCCGUCGCCGCUCCCGUGGCAGUCGCUCGUCCUGUAUUCCAUGCCGCUCCCGUGGCAGUCGCCGCUCCAGUUGCCGUCGCCCGCCCCGUCGUUCACGCAGUCGCCGCUCCGGUAGCCGUCGCCCGCCCCGUCGUUCACGCAGUCGCCGCUCCGGUAGCCGUCGCCCGCCCCGUCGUUCACGCAGUCGCCGCUCCGGUAGCCGUCGCCCGCCCCGUCGUUCACGCAGUCGCCGCUCCGGUAGCCGUCGCCCGCCCCGUCGUUCACGCCGCUCCCGUGGCCGUCGCAGCUCCCGCGGUGGUUGCUGCCCCGGCCGUCGCCACCGUCCAUGCUGCUCCCGCUCUCGCCGUUGGAGGCUACGGCCUCGGCUAUGGCUACGGCGGCCUCGGCUACGGCUACGGCGGCCUCGGUUACGGACACGGCCUUAGCUACGGUCUCGGAUACCACGGCCACGGCUAUGGUCUCGGCUACGGCUAUGGUCUCGGUGGAUUCAACUACGGCCUCGGAGGACACGCCUACGCCGUCUACAAGAAGAAGUAA